AUAGGGGUGGAAAUCAGAAGUUUCAGUCGCAUAUGUAGGGUGUCGGUUUAGAUUUUAAAUUUAAAUUCGAGACACUCCGAACUUUAGCGAACACGAAAUUUGAAAUAUAGACACAGGUAACGACGGGCGAUAGUAUACAUAAAGAAGAAUUGUGGCUAGGGAACUGUCGAGUUUCGAUCGUCAAAAGUAGAGGCUCGUGUUAGCGGAUCAAAUCUCGUGCUGCCGAUUCAAGCCCUAAGUUGAUCAACUUCACUUUCCUUCCACCCACCACGGUAGGUGGAUCUGAGAAGAUCGAACUCGACCCACUCUUCCCGGUAGCAGUAAAAUUUUGGGAAAGUUGGAAGACAAAAUGUGGUCCUCACUUCUGGAAGCAGCGAAGUCGAAUCCCUUCGGGGGCAUACGUCAGGCACAGCUAGACAAACGUCAAGCACUGGACAAUCAGGGAAUUGUCACAGGUCGGAGCAUUUCUGCUGCAAGCGCUUUACCCGGUGAUAGCUGCGAAUUUGGAUCAAAUCACUACUUUAUGUUAUGUGGUCUAGGAGGUAUUUUAUCAUGUGGUCUUACUCACACAAUGGUUACUCCCCUGGAUUUAGUAAAGUGUCGUAUUCAAGUAAAUCCUCAAAAAUACACGUCUGUAUUAAAUGGAUUCCGUGUAACGCGUGCUGAAGAUGGUGUUAAAGGUUUAGUAAAGGGCUGGGCUCCUACAUUCUUUGGGUAUUCCAUUCAGGGAAUGUUUAAAUUUGGACUCUAUGAAGUCUUUAAAGUACAAUAUUCAAAUUUAGUUGGUGAAGAAAUGUCUUACGAAUACAGAACAUCGUUGUAUUUGGUAUCUUCUGCUUCAGCUGAAUUUUUCGCUGAUAUUGGAUUAGCGCCAUUUGAAGCUGCCAAGGUAAAAAUACAAACCACACCUGGCUUUGCUAAUACAUUACGAGAGGCAAUGCCAAAAAUAUAUGGAGAAGAAGGUUUAUCUGGAUUCUAUAAAGGGCUGGUACCUUUAUGGCUUCGUCAAAUUCCAUAUACAAUGAUGAAGUUCGCCUGUUUUGAGCGUACCGUUGAACUACUAUAUAAAUUUGUUGUACCUAAGCCACGUCAAGAUUGUACCAAAGGAGAACAAUUACUUGUUACAUUUGCUGCUGGUUAUAUUGCUGGUGUUUUCUGUGCUGUUGUAUCACACCCAGCUGAUUCGGUGGUGUCCAAAUUAAAUCAAGAAAAAGGAGCAAGUGCCGUUGAUGUAUUAAAGAAAUUAGGUUUCGGUGGCAUGUGGAAAGGCUUAGCACCCAGAAUCGUUAUGAUUGGUACACUUACUGCUGCUCAAUGGUUUAUUUAUGAUGCUGUGAAGGUGUGGCUGCGCAUGCCACGUCCUCCUCCACCAGAAAUGCCAGCAUCUUUAAAGAAGAAAUAUGGAGUAUCAUAAAUAUUCUGUAUUUUUUAAAUAUGCAUCAUCUAAUUGAAAAAAAAAAAAAAAAACUAGAGAA